CUUUAACACAAUAACACAUAGGAGUCAUUACAUUCUUGAGCAGAAUCACAGUCAAUAACUAUUUGGCGUUCCUCAGCAUGUAGGCCUAAAUAGCCGAUAUAACCAGGCGGCUAGUUAACUCAUAACAUACACACUUCACACGACAUAACACUCUACCACAUCUAAUACAACCCACAGCUUAAUAUGAAAAAGAAACAAAAAUCUCCAGUGCUACGUGCGAACUACAAGAGCUAACUCACCAGGAAAAUCUGCAAAUCGAGAGGAACGACGUCGGAGUUUCUCCCAUCUUUUUCCCUUCGGAUAUGCUCAAUAGUUGUAUCACUGACACUGCUAGCUCCUAUGAAACACAGCACAGUGAUAAACUGCUCUUAAAUAUCCUACUUGGCUUUUCCUGUACUUCUGAUGGACUUUUCUCUAUGCUGACCCGUCGGAAGGUGCAUGUCAGCUCAGCCAUGUGCGAGAAAAAAACUCAAGACUUCCGUGAGCUCUCCUCGUUAGCUAACUUGCUAAUGAGGCGUUCUAGGCCACUCUGUAAAUCUGAGCUUCAAAACAUAACCUGGGUUACAUGCAGAUGGAUCCUGGGCUGGAAAGGGUGAUGAGAUGGGCCAGGAUGUCGUUUAAGUCAACACAAUCAAGAUCCUUGGUCUUGUAAAAGGGAAGAGUUGUAGAUAGGUUCCGCUUCUCUAUCUCAGAAAUACCAAUCCCUACUAUCUCUAAGAAGCCAGUGAAGAGCUUGGGGAAGUUCUUUGACAGCAGUCUCAGGGAUACAGCCUUCAUUAAAAACACCUGUGAGGAACUAGAGGGAUAGUUAAAGGAUGUUGACAGGUCGGGCCUUCCAGGAAAGUUUAAGGCAUGGAUUUACCAGCAUGGGAUUUUGCCAAGGAUAUUAUGGCCACUGCUUCUCUAUGAUUUCCUGAUCUCCACCAUAUUAGAUGUUGAAAGAUGAGACAGUUGCUUCCUGAGCAGAUGGUUAAGGUUGCCAAGGAGUUUGAGUGACAUCACCCUUUACGGAAGUACCUGCAAACUAACGCUCCCCUUGAAAUCUAUUGAGGAGGAGUUUAAGGCUCUGCGGCUAAGGGAGAAGCUUCAACUCCAAGUGUCAAGGGACCCAAAAGUCUCUGGGGCAGGAAUAACAAUGAAUACCAGUAGGAAGUGGAGAGCAGAGCGUCCAGUGGAGCAAGCAGAGUCACAGAUACACCAUGGAGUCCUGGUGGGAACAGUGGCCAAAGGAUCUAUUGCAACCCCCAUUUUGACAAGACUUGGGGUAAAGAGCGGAGGCAACUAGUCCAGAAGGAAAUGUGAGCAGUUGUUGAGGAAGAGAGGGCCAGCAGAGCAGUGGGAAUGAGACAGCAAGGAGCCUGGACUAGAUGGGAGCAAGAUAUGGAGAGGAAAAUCUUAUGGGCUGACUUCUGGUGGGCAGAGCCAGACUGCAUCAAGUUCUUGAUUCAGGCUGUCUAUGAUGUUCUUCCCAGUCCAUCUAAUCUGCGCCACUGGGGCUUGAUCGAUAUUCCAGCAUGUCCCCUCUGUCAGAAGAAGCGGACCCUUGAGCACAUUUUAAGUUGUUGCCCAAGGGCUCUGGGGAAAGGCCGAUAUCACUGGUGUCAUGACCAGGUGAUUAAGACUAUCAUAGAGAGCAUCGGUAGUGCCAGCUGUCGGAGGUCUAAACCCAUGAAGCAAAUCAUCAGCUUCAUUAAAGCAGGAGAAGAGACAAAAACAACAUCAAGGAAAACAUCAGGGCUUCUCAACACAGCUCAGGAUUGGCAGUUGUUAAUGGAUUUCGGCAGACAACUCAAGUUCCCUCAGAAUGUUGUUAAGACCUCUCUUAGGCCUGACAUUGUGCUGGUGUCUGAGGCAACAAAGAACGUAGUAAUGCUGGAACUUAUAGUGCCAUGGGAAGAGUGGAUGGAGGAGGCUUUUGGAACAGGGAGAAAUAUGACAGUCUAGCCAACGACUGCCAUAGAUAAGGUUGGAAGAGAAAGUGCUUGCCUGUAGGGGUUGGGUGCAGGGGUUUUGCAGGACAAUCUCUCUGUAGAGCCUAUGCUGCACUCGGCAUUACAGGCGAGAGGAGAAGUAGUGCCAUCUAUUGCAGCACAGAGGCAGCAGAGAGCCUCUAGAUGGCUCUGGAUAAAGAGGGUGGA